AUGGACAUCAACACGAGGAUUGUGCCUGGACGUCGACCCUCAAUAUUGAACGACUCAAAGGCCUACAAUAUACCUCACACGUACUCGACAGUCUUCCCCCAUCGUCAAACAGUCAUGGUUGAAUUCCCGGUCGAGAUAUGGGAACCCAUCUUUUCACUCGCUUGCACCGACGACGGAAGGACAGGUUGCUCUCUUUCGCUCGUCUCUAAAUUCAUUCACAAAGUGUCUGCACCGCUCAGAUACCAGUCUGUCUUGCUGGAAGGCAUCACGCAGAUGUCCUCCUUCCUUCGAGUCAUGAAGGGAAAUCCGGAGUCUACCCCGAAAGUAGAGUGUCUGCUGUUAUGCGACCGCUCUCCAGACCUAUGUCACGUCGAUAAAGAAAGCUGCUCGGACACUCCGCAGGCCCUGUCGCAAGCAUGGCGCGCUGUCCUCCACGAGCUUCUCCCAGUCGUCUCCCACUACCUUCGGACAUUGACGGUGUUCACGCACGCACGACGCGACUUCCUACUGCCGGACGUGUCGCUUCCCAUGCUUGAAGAACUGAUCAUCCACGGCGAUUGCGAGGACCGAGUCACACAUCAGACUCUGGGUUCGCCUCCGAUUCCACUUCUCCCGAGUCUAUUGAGACUGCAUGUCGAGGGGAGAACGCAUCAUCCAGGGUUCAACGGGGUCGCAGAUAUGCUCCUCAGCCUCUCGCAUAGUGCACCGUCCCUAGCCCACCUCACCAUCUGGGCUCUCAUGUUCAGUUUGGCCAAGAGUCCCGAUCCUUCUCGUUUCAGUUGGUUGACAGCCUUGAAGCCCUAUGGGGACGGAUCUGGUCGUUCCUGGUUAACCGACCUCUUCCCGGCUCUCCGAAGCGUGGCUUUCCGUCCUCUGCCAAGAAGACAGGAUAACGAUAGUCGCCUUGUGGAGGAGAUCCUUCGUCGCAUAUUGUCAAGGGCCGAGCUCGCCGUCGAAGUUGAUGUCCUCAAAGCUGGGUCACUUGAAGAGGACUUGUAUCAAAAGGUUAAGAGAGCCUGGCUACGUUCACCAUCAGGUUGA